AUGCUUUCAAUGGAUGUUGUUUCACUUUUGUUUCAUACAACUAAGAUGCAAACUAUUUCGGUUCUCGCCAUUCUUGCACUCGCUUUCAGCUGUACAUUAGCUUAUGAUGUUACAUUUAGUCAACAUUGGAAAUUAUGGAAAGGACUUCACAAGAAACACUACUCCGAUGCUGAGGAACAUGUUCGUCGUGCUAUAUGGGAAAGUAACUUGAAGAAAGUUCGAGAACAUAACCUCCAAGCUGAUCUUGGCGUACAUACAUAUUGGCUCGGAAUGAACAAAUUUGCCGAUAUGACCGUCGGUGAAUUCGCUAAAAAAAUGAAUGGUUACAAUAUGACCAUGCGAGAACAACGCACUCAAAGCCAUCGCACAUUUACAGUCAAUCCAGGUUUUCAAUUACCAGAUACCGUUGACUGGCGUACAGAAGGUUAUGUUACUGAUGUUAAAGAUCAAGCUCAAUGUGGUUCAUGCUGGGCUUUCUCAGCAACUGGUUCACUUGAAGGUCAACACUUCAAAGCAACUGGAAAACUUGUUUCACUUUCUGAACAAAACUUAGUUGACUGUUCAACUGCACAAGGUAACAUGGGUUGCAAUGGUGGCUUAAUGGACCAAGCUUUCGAAUAUAUCAAAGUAAACAAUGGUGUUGAUACCGAAGAUUCAUAUCCAUAUGAAGCUAUGGAUGAUCAAUGCCGAUUCAAAAAAGAAAAUGUUGGUGCUACAGAUACUGGCUAUACUGAUGUUCAAUCAAAAGAUGAAAGUGCUCUUCAAACAGCUGUUGCUACUGUCGGACCAAUCUCAGUUGCCAUUGAUGCUAGUCAUUCAUCAUUUCAAUUAUAUAAACACGGCAUUUACAAUGAACCAUUCUGCUCACAAACACGACUUGAUCAUGGUGUCUUAGCUAUUGGUUAUGGCACAGACUCUGGCAAAGCUUACUGGCUCGUUAAAAACAGCUGGGGUGUAAGUUGGGGUGAUCAAGGUUAUAUCAAGAUGACACGUAACAAACGCAACCAAUGCGGUAUUGCCACAGCUGCAAGUUAUCCAACUGUUUAA